AUGUCUAUAUCAUUCGAGAAACAGGAACAUAAAUUGGAUGAUGCAACUAUUCAAGGUUCUGAAAUUCCAAAAGAAAUUCCAACUGGUGAAACCGUCUUACAUAGAGUGGCCAGACCAGUUAGACAUGUUAAGAAUAUUCCCGUUAAAGCUUUAGUGUUUUCUUCAAAAGAAGGUCCAAUGCUAUUCACUUAUGACAGAAAAAUUAGAACUCCAAUUCCAAAGAAUAAAUUAGUGGUACAAGUUGCCUAUGCAGGUUUAAAUCCAAUUGAUAUGAAAAUUAAAAAUGGUUACAAAAGUGGUAGUUUCUACGGUGACGCAGGUGUUGGCAGGGAAUAUUUCGGUACUAUUAUAUCCGUUGGUGAGGAUAUCGCAAGUAAAAACACUUGGAGAGAGGGUGAUGAAGUCAUGGGUAUCUAUUAUCAUCCACAUUCUGGUAAUGGUGCUUUACAAUCGUCAAUUUUAAUUGAUCCAAAAGUUGACCCAAUCAUGUUGAAACCAGCAACCAUCACCAUGCCAGAAGCUGGCGGCACAUUGUACUGUUUAGGCGCUGCAUAUCAAAUAUUGAAAUCUUUGGAUAAAGCUAAAGUUUUAAAACCUGAUUCAAAUAUCUUAAUUAAUGGUGGUACUACUUCUGUAGGUAUGUUUGUUUUACAGCUACUAAAGAACCAUUAUCACCUUGUGUCAAAAGUUUCCAUUGUAACGACAGGUACUGGCUCAAAAGUCUUGAAAAAUCAUUUCCCUUCAUUUGCUAGUGAUUUAAUCUUUAUUGAUUACUUAACUUGUAGAGGUAAAGCAAGUAAACCAUUGAGAAAAAUGCUAGAAGAAAAAGUCUACACAGAUUUCAACGAAGACACUCAAGAAGAAACAACUCAACAGUAUACUCAAGGCAAAUAUGAUAUUGUAUUCGAUUUCGUAGGUGGUUACGAUAUCUUGGCACACUCAAGUGCCUUGAUUCAUUCAGGUGGUCAAUAUGUCACUACUGUCGGUGACUAUGUCAGUGAUUAUAAAAACGAUGUCUUUGAAACUUGGGAUAAUCCAAGUGCAAAUGCAAGAAAAAUAUUCGGUGCAGUACUAUGGUCAUACACAUACACACAUUUCAACUUUAACCCAAAUUAUGAUGUGAAAUGGAUCAAAGAAGUUGCAGAAAUUUUAGAAAAACGUGAAGUUAAAUGUAUUGUGGAUAAAGUCUACGAAUGGAAAGAUUUUAAAGAAGCUUUCUCUUACUUAAGCACACAACGUUCACAAGGUAAGCUAAUUUUAAAAGUAGAAAAAUUCUAA